CCUUGAAUGUUGCAAUGAGUGAGUUAUUAAAUGAUGUUGCAGAGUACUUUGAAAAUAGUAAUUAAAUUUCUUUAAUUACUUAUAUUAUUUCGUUUUUUGUGUCUAAUAAAAACCGUUCAUUCUAUAGAACAGCGUUAUUAUGUUAAAAAUGAAGGUGCUAACAUUGACUUUUGUGGUGUUCUUACCUUACGUAAUUUCUCAGAAUAUUGCCCAGUUUACUCCACUGAUAGCUGCUCAUCAAGCAUGUGCAUCAAGAACUGGGAUACAACCCGAUUUAGUCAGUGGAAUGUUACAAGGAAGAUUUCCAAAUAAUCCGGUUUUAGCACAACAUUUGUUUUGUAUACAUCAACGGCUUGGGGUCCAAAAUUCUGAUGGAUCAAUAAAUAGAAACAGAGUAGAACAACUGGCUGGAACAAUCGCUCCAAAUGCGUCACCAGAAAGGGUCCAACAGGUCAUCAAUACUUGCGCAGUAGAUAGAGGUAGCCCAGAAACUACAGCCCUUGAAAUGGAUCGUUGUUUAUACAACUCAGCAGGUGCAGCUCUGGGAUAACUGUGAUUUGAAAUUGAGUUGUUUUUUCUUUUAUAUUUUUUCUGUUACAUUUUUGAGAUAGUAAACUUAA